AUGCAGGUUAAAAUUGAAAUAUCUCCUGUAGAUCCUCCAGUGAAUCCUGUGAUCUUCAUCAGUCCAUCUGGUGAAAUAGUGGAGGGAGAUUCAGUGACUCUGAGCUGCAGCAGUGAUUCAAACCCACCUGCAGAAAUAAGCUGGUUUAAAGGAAGAAUGACUGUAGGAUCUGGAAGAAUCUACAGCAUCUCAAAGAUCAGCUCUGAUCACAGUGGAGAAUACAAGUGCAAGUCCAGAUAUGAAGAUACAGAUAAAUACUCUUAUGCUGUGACUUUAAACGUCAUGUAUCCACCUAGGAAUGUCUCAGUGUCUAUAAAUGGAUCUGGUGAAAUAGUGGCGGGAGAUUCAGUGACUCUGAUCUGCAGCAGUGAUUCAAACCCACCUGCAGAUAUCAGCUGGUUUAAGGAGAAUCAAAGCUCAGCUGUUGGAUCUGGACAGAGUUUCAGUGCACUACAGAGUGGACGCUUCUACUGUGAGGCUCACAAUCAACAUGGAUCUCAGAGAUCAGACACUGUUACUGUCACAGUGCAUCAUGGUCUGGGUUGGCCUGUCUGGUUGGGAAUCACAGUGGCAUGUGUAGGAUUAUUCAUCGUUAUCAUCAAUAUCGUGUUCAUAAUGAGAAAACUAAGAGGUGCAAAAGUUGAAGAUUCCACACCAAAACAGGAUGAUCUGUACUCUAAUGUAGCCGAGAGGGACGUUCCCGUGUCUGAAUCAGCCGCUUUUGAUGAUGCUCCGUAUGCCAGCAUUUCAUCCAGCAAACCCAGAAGAGAUGGAGACAGAGAUGCUGAGGAGAUCCAGUAUUCGACAGUCCAACAUCACAAAACCAAACUGAUGAAGAGAGCAGAGGAGAACGAAAACCACUAUGGAAAUAUCAGGAUUCACCGGCCUUGUGCUGCCAUGAGGCGAUCAGAUGUGGAGACUGUGGAAGAGGUCUCUGUGAUCUACAGCCAUGUCAAAUGAACAGACUGUUAUGAAGCCUGUGUUCAGACAUCAAUCUGGUCUGCUGGGAAAAGCAAAAGCCACAAAUAUUGACUGAAUACGAAAAAAGAAAAAAAAAAACAGAAAAAGAAGUUAAUUAAACAAUGUACUUGAAAGUAUGGCUGCUUAAUAUAGCAUGCAAUUCAACAUAAUUUAUGGCACAUCAAACCAGCUGAACAGAUGAGCCGGAAACAGAAAAAAAUCAAAGUUAAAAAAAAAAAAAAAAAGCUUUUUUUUUAUGUUGUGAUGUAGCAUGCACUUUAAAACGUGAACCUGUGCAGUUGUUGCUUUAAAGGGAUAUUUCUAUCCGAUACUACAUACAAUUCUAGUUUUUCUGUUGUAACCAAGUUCAAUCAAGAUUAUGUAACAUAAAACAAAUGAAUGUUAUUUCAACUUAAAUCCAUUAUUUCGACCCAACAUACAACUUCCAAAAAAAAACACACAUUCAAAACACGCACACCUGUUCCACGCUGAUUAGUGAAUUUCAGUUCAAUAAGAAAUUAUGACUUGAAGUUAUUACAUACUUUAAGCGGUAGUGAAGUGAAAAUGACAAUUGACAGCGCUACUCUUCAGCACAAAUGGUAACCCACUGUAAAAAAUAAAAGAAAAGAAGCAACAAAACAUUAAACACUACAGAUAUCUCUCUCACUUUUGACAAUCCAGUCUGACUUUAUUUCUUUCAUAGUAAACUUCUUAUUGAGAAUUAACUGAGGUUUAGAUGUU